AGGUCAGAUUUUAUAUGAUCAAUAGAAUUUGAGAUUUUUAAAACUGAUCAACUAAUUAAAUAAUUUCUUAUACUUAAAUCUUUUGAAAGACUUAUACUUAAAUUUUUAUAAUUAAUUUCCAUGUUCCAUUUUCCACACAUUAAUUAGCUAUUCUUUUCACAACUUAACCCAUUCAUACCAAGUAUAUAACGAAAGGUGUGUAAAACACUAACUUAGAUUUCAAACACAUAAAAAAAAUGAGGCAAUGCUUCCCAAAUGUAAUAGGACUUAGAAUGGCCCUCAACAAAAAGAAAUCAAUAACCAAAAAUACAUCUUUAUCUUCAUCUUCAACCUCUCCGAGAUCUCCUCUUACUUCGUCUUCCUCCCCUUUUUAUCCAAAGGGGAGGACGCGAGAAGAGGAGCUUAAGGAUGUUUUCCGUCAUUUUGACAUGGACAACGAUGGAAGAAUCACAGCUCUUGAACUUAGGAGGUACUUUAACAGUAUUGGAGAGAUCAUAUCUCAUGAAGAAGCUCAACAUGUGAUUAAUGAGCUUGAUUCAGAUAAUGAUGGUAUGAUUGAGUUUGAAGAUUUUGUUACGCUUAUGGAGAGUAAAGAUGGAGAGGAUAAUCAUGAUGACUUGAAGAAGGUUUUUCAAGAAUUUGAACAUGAAAAAGGGUCUGGAAGGAUAACUCCUAAAGGACUUCAAAAUGCUUUAAAAAGAUUAGGGGAUUCUAAGUCUUUUAAAGAGUGUGAGGCUAUGAUUCAAGUUUAUGAUACUGAUGGUGAUGGUGAGCUUGAUUUUCAUGAAUUUCAUCAAAUGAUGCUUUGUUAAUUAAUUCUUUUUACUUUUUUUUGUUUUCUUUUUGGAUAUAUCAUUUGAUACAAACUACUAUUGGAAAGGAAGGUGUUAUUAUAAUCACAAAUCAUAAUUGUAUUUGUAUCCUUAAAAUGAAUAAUGUUUUGACAUGGGUUUGUAGUUUAUUGAAAGGUAAUAAUAAUAUGUCAAGAUAUUCUUAGUAAUAUUACCAUAGUACUUCCUUAAGGAGUGGUGAUAAUGUCUUUUGUGCAUCAUGUGUUGAGGCCUCCUCGUGCCCUAUGUUCCUUUAUAUAUGUACACCUUCAUGUCCUAGGUUAAAAGUAUGCUAAGAGUCGUAUUGUAAAGCUUUACCUAUAGCUUAGUUUACUUACUCAUUUCUUCCUACAUUAAAUCUCCAUUGUAAUUUCUUCACGUUUUGUAUUUGUCCUUUAAACACAUUAAUACUAUUCUAAACUAAAUAUGUUGGAUGUAGCCCAAGUUUGGUGAACCAUCUUAAAUCUUGUGUCUUUAUUUGCUUGUUCAUUAUUAGUUACUUGUACAUUUGGUUCCUACAUUAACAGACACCUUAAACACCCAUUUAAACUCAAAAUUUGUGAUCUUGGGUGAGUGAGAGUGCCUCUCAUGCCAUGACCGUAUGCUUGGAUUUGCCAUCUUUGUUGGGGAGGAUUCACUAGCAUAAGCAAAUCCUCUGUUUAAACUUUUGGACAUUUUUGAUGGCGCCAUCUUCAUCUAUGAAAGCACAAAUAAAAUAAAAUUAAACUAAUUUAGGAUACUUUUCCAUGGUACCCAAAUGCAAAGGAGUGUUACCAUUAUCAUCUUUCAUGAUGAUUAGUUCCUUAAUUGCCUCCACUACAUGUCUUGCGAAUGGGGUAAGAUCCAUCAUUAUUCUUCUGGUAGACUAGUUCUGUAUAGCUCCUCAACAAGUAUUUAACACCAUCGACAAAGCCAAUUUGAGUGGCAUAGGAUACUAUUGUCCUCCCGUUCUCAUCCAAUGUAUAUUUAAGCUUAGUAUAAUUGUUGAUGAGUAUCUCAAGAAAUUUUGCUCAUUUUUAAAUUAUAUAUAUUUCAGAUGAAAAUAUAGUUUAUUAGAUGCAGAAUUGUGGAGAAUGGCAAACUUUAUUAGUUAGAACAAAAGCAACCAUCUAGAAAUUCACACUAACUGAGACAGUGUCAUAAACUCAUAAAUUUACACUAAUUACUAAUUUGUGUUUCUCCCGCGGCUUCCAGUGAUGGUGGUGGGUAUGGCGGUCAGAUUUCAUUACCAACCAAUAUCGUAGCAAGAACAUUAAUAUACACAUUUCAUUACCAUAUACAUUCACAAAUAAUCACAAUCCACAAAUUCAUUGAUAGAUCAUAGAAUCAAUUAAGACACUUAAGUACAUUCAUAAUCAAUCCAUCCCAAGAUUUAUAAGUAAUAACAACUAGUAAAUUAAUAAAUGUAACUUGUAAUUGUAAAUGAAAUUAAACUUUUGAAUCUAAAAACCCUAAUUUUUGGAUCUCAAAAUAAUACCUGAAAUUGGACUGGUGGAGGUUGCGGACUCGCGGUGGCCGGAGAUUGAAGCGAGUCGAUUGUGGUUCCAAGUCUUAAACAACCUCAAGCCAACGAUCCACACCAACAACUGAAAUUGUGGACGUCUGGAAGGUUGGCGGAUGCUGGCGGUAUACGAGAACCGGCUAUCUAGCACCGGCAAGCAAGAGGGUCAACUUUGGUCUCAUUAUCGCAACAUUGAUUAUUCGUACUUAACUCAGAAAAUUAACCACAUAAUAAAUCUUUGUAAUUUCAUACAUUACUUAAUACAAACAGCGUUUUUAUGCUCUUGGUCAAGGUGUGAAACUUAUUUGGAUUAAAACUAUAAAUCGAACCAAAUUAAAUUGAAUAACAAAUGUGAUUUAGAUUAGAUUUGAAAAUUCAAAAACCGAAACAAUUAGAUUUUGAAUUUUUAAAAAUCCGAUAACCAAAUUAAUACACCAAACACAGAAAUAUUUAAGAAUCUAAUAUAGCCCACUACCACUAGCCUAGGCCUAAAACUUAAUUUCUGACCCUAUAUUCCCUAAUUAUUUCCCAAAACCUAAUUUCUAGCGCCGUCCACUAACCCUUAUGGUCUUAUCUCCAUUCUAAUAUUCUAUCUUCCUGAAAACCUAAAUCCCUGAUUCCUUUUUCAUUCUCUCUUCUUCCCUAACCCUAUUCCCUUUUCGUUUGUUUUUAUCAAUCUUUCUUCUUCAAUAUUUGAUUUUUGUUUUUAUCAAUGUCGAUUUUCG